UUUCCGUUUCCUUGACAUACAGAAACGUCGACAGUAGCUUGGUGGGCCAAAACAUUUAGAAAAAUAUAUUUAACUUUCAAGGUUAGUGAAAUUAGAUGUUAUUAUUACACACACAGAUGUAUAUAUUCAAAGGGUUUAUAAUACUAUCAACUCAUGCAUGGGGUGUGUCCCUCAUCGGGCAGUCGGUAUCGACAUCCUUUGCUAGCUAGUCGGUUAGCUAAAUUGCUAACGUUAGCUAUCUAAGUGACGUAAAAAAGCUAUCGUCGUUUGCUUGCAGGCUAGCUUAAAACGGUCUUAUUUUGCUGUUAGAGAACAGCAGGUAGAUGGAGAUAGACUAAUCUAAACUAUAUAUAAGUAUGUGUCCAUGUUCGUGCAUUAUUCGAUUCGAGUCAAUAUAGCUAGCUAACGUUACCUCGCUAGAAAAUCAUAACAUUUUAUUCGUCACAUUCUAAGUAAACAACACAGGUGUAUACUAACAGUGUGAAAUGCUUAACGUUACUUACGGGCCAAAUCAACAAUGCAGAGAGAAAGAAAAUAGAGAAGUAAUAACGAAAAUAAUAAAUACACAAUGAGUAACGAUAACUUUGUUUUUUUGUACCGACAACUUGGCUAUAUACACGGGGUACCAGAACCGAGUCGAUGUGCCGUGUUACGAGGUAAUAGUUAGAUAUGUACAUAUAACUAGGAAUAAAGUGACCUGGCAACAGUAUAGAUAAACAGUAGCAGCAGCGUAUGUGACGAGUAAAAGGGUCAAUGCAGAUAGUUAAAUAGUUAACCAAACAGCUACUCGGACUAACUAUGGCUUGGGGAUAGAAACCGUUCAGGGUCCUGUUGGUUCCAGACUUGGUGCAUCGGUACCGCCGUGUGGUAGCAGAGAGAACAGUCUAUGACUUGGGUGUUACAAACUUUAAUACAAGCCAAACGUCCCUAGUUCCAUAAUGAACAUCCAUUGCAAAAUUAUAAGCCACAGGCAGACCGCAAGCACUGUAUAUCACUGCUGUGUUGAAAUGCCAUUUCAACCCCUCAAUAACACACUCUCCCCCAGCCAGGGCUUGUGCCUGAGUCCGGCGUCUGUGAAUGGAAGUGGAGAUAGCGUUCGAGAUGGGUCCUGAGAGAAUCUUACCAAACUCUGAGGAGGAGCUGGGUCAGGAGCGGCCGUCGGAUGGUGGAGUGGGCGGGGAGUGGAGUGGAGAGGACAUGGAGGAGGACGAGGGCGGUGUGGGAGAUGAGGAGGAGGAUGAUGGAGGUUACUAUUACCAACCACUAAACCAGGACCCUGAUGGACUAAAUGCUGCACCCGGGGACCAGCCUGAGGAUAUGCCCCCAGUAGCAGAGCAACUGCAAGAAGUCCAGGAGAGAAUAGAGGUAUCUAACCCUAUAUUCUGAAUAUGAUCUGUGCAGUAUUUCAUUCAGUGUCAUGUGUUUAUCAUUUGGACAAAAGUCUGUAAAAUGUCAGUUGUCAUAUUGCUUGUCGAGACAUUGAUAAAACGUAUUUGAUUUCUCCACAGUCAAUGGGCUUACAUCUUCCCCAGCCCCCUCCCUCAGACAGUGAUGAGGAGGAGCCAGAAGGCGCCGCUGCCCAGCGCAGCGCAGCCUCCAUCCCCAUGGAUGAAGGUGAGGAUCCAGCCUUGCUUAGUUCAUCCACAGUACCCGAACAUACGGGGGAUACUCAUACAGCCUUAGGACUGACCAUAACUAUUACUACUCCUUUAUGGUGUUGCUCAGAAUGACUUAGGAUCAUUAAGUCUCCAUGUAAUGCUCACUCUCAAUGUAAUACUUUGUACUGAUGUCCACUCCUCUCCUAAAGACCACGUGGAGCUGGUGAAGAGGACCAUGGCAGCAGUGGCCCUGCCCUCUCUGGCUAUCCCGACCUGGGCUCAGGAGAUCUCUGACGACCAGUGGAAGGAUAUGGUCCAGCAGACGCUCCAGACUCGCCAAAGCUCAGAAGGCCUGAUGCUAGAGCGCAAAUAAGACUGAAUUGCCUCCUUCUCACAGUCUGUCUUUAACUGUGCCAUGCAUUUCACCAUCACACUUACCCCAGGGGAGUCUGAGCUAAGGUCCUCUGAGCGGGUCAUGAGUCCUAGGUGUCUCAAUUCUUAAGAUUUGAGAGAAAUUGUGAAAACCCAUCUGUCCAAUUCCUAUUAGAUUAGGAUAUCUCUCCUGAAUAUGUGUUUGAAAGGAGCCUCUGGGUACUCACUACUUCUAACCUAGAGGGCGGCAGGUAGCCUAGCAGUUAAGAGCGUUGGGCCAGUAACUGAAAUGUCGCUGGUUCGAACCCCCGAGCCAACUAGGUGAAAAAUCUGUCAAUGU